AUGGACUUCUGUGUCUCGGAGAAACCAAAGAAAUUGGACCGCAAGAUCCCCGUCUUGAAGGCUUCGCGCGACUUUCGCAAUGCGCAAACGAUGCAGCAGUCGAUUCUGAUUGGAUUAUUAAACAGGUAUUGCGAGAUUACGAUCGCUCAACCCGCCAAGAAGAGUACUGUAACACAGCAAUUCAUGAGGAUUGUAAGUCUUGAUUUUGGAAAUGGCGAUCGGAUUUUAAUGGACGAGUUUCUGAAGUUCCGAUGUGUUGAACAGAUGGAACAAGACAUGAGUGAGGGUGUCACGCAAAAGACUGCUUGGAGACGUUAUCAGAAUAAUAAGAAAAUAGAAGAGCUGCACCUUUUGAUGGAUUGCCUCAUCGAAUAUGGAUAUAUAUUCGAGUCAAACCCAAUGAAAGGAAAGGCUGAGACAAGAAAGCUCGAGUUGAUCAAGUCAAUUUCAAAGCAAAAUUAUUACUAUGGCUUCGACGCUAUACUAAAGGAGGGAGAACGGGUCAAUAGAUCCAUCUGCCAAUGCCUUAACACUAAGGAUAAGGCAAUCACCAUUCGCAUCAACCAACUCAAAUCCCGUUUUUAA